GUUUAAAACAGUGUGCUUUAACACUUGGAGCUGAUGAAAUAAAGUUAGUGGAUUUUUAGAAAAGCCGCCACCAUGUUGUCAUAUGUUGUUUUUUUUUGGGGGGGGAUGAGACCCUUUGACGGGCCACGUUUGAGACCGAAGCCAAAGAAAUGAACAUGACGUCCAAUAACAUCUGACUUGUGUGAUUUUCUCGUUUUAAAGCUGUUGUGUGAGUGUGUGUGACAUAAUUAACGUAGUUGACGGUAAGUUGAUUUUCUUUUUUUUAAAUUUACAUCAACGACGACAUAAUAAGACUGUGAUGAAAGUAAAUAAUGCAGUAUUUAUAGUGUUUUUAUGUUUAGAUAACUCAAUUUGUAAUUUGUUUAGAAAAAAAAAACAAGAAUAAAAGUCACGGGAAAUGAAUGAUUUCAUUGCAUUUACAUUUUCUUUUCAAACUGAUGGACAUUUAUAAAAGGCAAUAUAUCUACGAUUGUAUUUCUUCUUUCAUGAAGACAUGUGAACAAUUCGUGGAUUGUCUUUUUAUAAAAAAAAAUAAAAAUGCAUUAAAAAAUAAAAAUGAAACAUACCAUCACAAUAUUAUAAUGUUUAAUUUUGUUGUAAACUAGCGAGUACUCGGCAUGCUUCGCAAUGCCACUCAAAGAAAGAAAGUGUUUGUUUUCCAAUAAUUUGCAAGUACUUCUUUAUAGACAAAAUAUUUUGUUUUUCCGUCUGUUGCCUACACGAAUAAAUUAGAUGUUUUUAUGAUGCGUGGGCAGGCCACAUACAGCUGUCCAUUGGAGAAUCAUGGAUAUUAAAAAUUUAGUCCACACACUUGUAGCUAUUGAUCCACCCAUGCAGUAAUUCUGUUUGAAAAUAUUUUUAUAUAGCUCACAGAAUUAAAAAAAAAAACAAAAACAAAAAACACCUUAGGACCCCCGGCCCUAAACUGAACAUUGUAAAAUGGUGGUAAUAUUUAAGACACCUACUAAUUAUGUUGAAAACGAACUGAAAGUCGCUGUUUGUAUUUCAUUAAAACUUCAUCCACCCAUGCAUUAGCUCUAAUUGAAUUAUAUUUGGUAUAGCUCAUUUAAGACACACACAAAAGAAAUAAGGGGCACCCGGCUCUAAACGGAAGAAUGUGAAUUUCUUUUACUAAUUUAGAAACCUUUACGGACUUGGGCACAGGAUCUAACCAACAAUUUUAUCGCAAUCGGAUCUUCGGUAUGGGAACGCUUACAGAAAUCAUAUUUACAUAGCUCAUAUAAGGGAAAAAAAAAGGAAUUUAGCCCCUACCCCCCCCCCCCCCCAAAAAAAAAAAAGGAAUUUCACCCCCCCCCCCCCCCCCCCCGCCAAAAUGAAAUAUUGUAAAAUGUUUGUAAUUAUUCAGACUAAUUUGCGAGUGUCCGGACAACAAAUCAUGAAACGUUUGUCGCAAUCGGAUGAGUGGUAUAGGAGCGCAUACGGAACAUACAUACAUGUAUAUCGGUGAUGCAUACCUGUUUUAGUUUUAUUACUCGCUAAGUUUGCAUUCUCAGUCACCUCUAUAUCAUUAUUCUCGGUUAACUAUGAAUUGAAGGACCGAUUCCAUACGAUUUCAAUACUAAAGGGACAACGCAAUCCUUUUUUUUAUAAAAUUGUCUCAUUAAAAAUGCUAGAUCCUACAAUAUAUCUUUAUAUAAAACAAAAAAUUGACAUUUCGGGCCAUUUAAAGAAUAUUUAUAAUUUUACGGAUACUGAAAAAGGGUAGCCAUUGAUGAUUGACAUCUGGAUAUGAGAUUACAUAAAAGAUAUCUCCACCACUAAUGGCAGGGAGUUCAAGCUGGUAAUAAAACCGUCGCCGGUCUCAUUAAGUCAACCCGAAACCGUGAAAGAAUUGCUAGAUUCCAGACUGCCGGGGGAUUUCAAAGUCAAUAAUGAGGUCUUUUGAUUUUCCAGGAACCGUUGUCAUUUCUAGGUUAUAAUUAGUGGAGAUCAUACCGACCUGGUGUUUAUCAGUACACUGGCAGGCAACAAGUAACUAUCUUUUCUGAACUUGUUAAAUAUUUUUUUUUUUUUGAGACAAGCGUUGGAGGUUGGGACUAAUCGUGGCACAAGAGCAUGUGUAACGGGACAGUUUUGGGUGUUCGACACGUUUUUGCGAAGAAAAAAAAAAUUUAAAAAAAAAUGUCGUGCCUUUUGUUUGGAGAGGGCUCGGUCCAUAGCCAUGAAGAGAUCAUUUCCAUUGCUGGGGCUCGCCUCUCUUUUUAAAGUGCAUACUUUAACGUUUAAAAUAAAUCAUUCUUUGAUUCAACACAGCACAAAAUUUUCAACCAUCAAGCCGUUUCGGGUUAUCCUUCAUGUCUUGCUUAAAGUCGAGUCUUCCCCGGCCAUGGUUUCACCGAGUUGUCUUUGAGGCUUGUAAAGUUGUGUCGAAUAUGUUCCACACACACACAAAAUUGCCUCGCCUUGUACGGGUGUUCAUAAACUUGGCGUGCACUUUUGCGGGUUGCUGCAAUUUCUAUAGGAACUGCCGGUGACUCGUGCUACCGUCUCGAGUCACGACGUCAGCCCCUGCAGGCACCCUCCCACGUAUUAUCAGACGACCCGCGAAUCCUUCCAUCUUGAGGGGAGGAAGCUGUGAAUCGUGUAUCCGUCUCGACGCUCGACGUCAGCCCCUGGAGGGACCCUCCCAUGCAUUAUCCGAAGACCCGCGAAGUCUUCCAUCUUCAACGUUUACGGAGGCCAAACAAAAUAUUGAUACACAUGUUGUUGCCGAUGUCUUCUGCCUACGCAGGAGUCCCCUUUUUAUGUGCGAGGCCCUUGACCCAGAUCGGUUAAAUCCUUUCAUGUGCAGAAAAAAUAAGACCACAUUUUUCUGUAACAUUGAUCUGACCUUUCCACACCAGUAAGAGUUCACGAUAACGAUUCUGGGGAGGAACCUUAGAUGUCCGUAUCGUCGUCAGAGACACUAAAUUCUGACCAUAGGUCAUUUAUAUGAAUAGUAUAACCCUUGUCAUCUAAAAAAAAAAAUUCAUAGUUAUCUUUAAGGGACUGUAGGAAUUGGAAUGUCAUAAUUACGACGUCACAUUUUGUUUAAAAAAAAAAAAUAUUAAAAAAAAAUAAAUUAUGUGGUCUCUGAUUUUAAUGGUUGAAUCCGCCUGUUUUUCUCUUCAAAUAGUCAUGUUCUUCUCUUCAAAUAGGCAUGUUCUUCUCUUCAAAUAGUCAUGUUCUUCUCUUCAAAUAGCCAUGUUCUUCUCUUCAAAUAGGCAUGUUCUUCUCUUCAAAUAGUCAUGUUCUUCUCUUCAAAUAGUCAUGUUCUUCUCUUCAAAUAGGCAUGUUCUUCUCUUCAAAUAGUCAUGUUCUUCUCUUCAAAUAGGCAUGUUCUUCUCUUCAAAUAGGCAUGUUCUUCUCUUCAAAUAGUCAUGUUCUUCUCUUCAAAUAGUCAUGUUCUUCCAGCCCUGAUUGUAGUGACGCGUCUUCUAAUUCAAUAUAAGUUUUGACAUUUUUGUACGCCUUUUUUAUAACAGAGCUCGGUGUCCACAGGUAGUCUUCUUAUAACUCUCUCUCUCUCUCUCUCUCUCUCUCUCUCUCUCUCAUUUAAUGUUAAAUAGCAUACAAAACAGUGAGUUUCAAUGUAUUAACCCUGGCGCCAUUAGAAAAUAUCUUGAAUAUUCUCCCUCAUUUUUUGCUUUUUGAGAUGCUUAAUGUUAAAAAUAUGAGUAAUGACAAUUUGUUGGCCGUAGAAGGACUAAUACACAUAUUAUGGAUCAGAGUUUCAAAGUAUCUAGCUGCUGUAAAAUCAGAGUGUAAAGACAAUUUGAAACUGAGCAUGCAAAAAUUAAAUUUUAAAAACUCAACAACAAUUAAGUACUCAAUUAUCUGAAAAUCCAAAGAGACUCCAGUGGUAUUGACAGACGAGCAAGAGGUUGAGAACCACUUGUUUUUCCCAAUACAAAAAAAAAAAAAUAAAAAAAUCUAGAUACAAACCCCGUGCCAUGCGUUUUAUUCAACAAUUUAGAAGAAAAAAAAAGAUCUAAUUUGCCUGUCGUUUAAGUUAUCGCAGACUUUGUGUGUCUUAUCAUAAUCCUUUAUUUAAACAUCCCGCUGAACGUUAACAAGUCGUCCCAGUUUGAAUCGAUUAAGAAAUGUCAGAGAUAAGCUUAUUUACCCAUUAAAAUGGGGCAUGGCGUCAACGAAAGUGGCAGAUUAAAAAAAAUAUAUAUAUUUAAACUAAGUCAGUCUCACCGAUAUUUUUAACUGGAUUCUGAAGCAUUUGAGACAUUUGCAAGAAGAACAUCUUCGAGGCCUGUAAUUAGGCUCCCGAAAGAACCAUACGCAAGCAUAAGGCCUUGGAUCGCAAGGCCUCGAAUCACAAGGCCUGGGAUCACAAGUCGAGGGAUGUCGCAGUGGCUGCACACCUAGGCAGCGAAUCAUGUUUUUUUUUUUUUAAUUUAUCCACGGAUAAGGGUAACCGGUGAUGGAAUAGCGUAGCAGGAGUUAGCGGAAAGUUCACUUGUUAAAACUAUCAUACGGACUACGGGACUCAAUUGACGUGUUUGAAUUCAGUGUUUUCCUGCUUCCAGGUGAGAUGCUAAUCUAAGGCUAACUCGCGAUCUCCACCCGCGGGAGGGGGGGGGGGCUAAUGUUGAUGUUUUAUUUUUUUGAUAUUGGUUUUUGCUGGGAUCGAACUCUAGUCCACAGCAUACACAGCUCGGGCAUCAAGCACCCAAAUAUAUAUAAUUUAUUUGCCGGAGCAAGGGGGGCUUAUAAUAAACGUUCAGAUAUAUUUUCAUGGUACCCUUUAAAAAAUAUUAAUUGUUUGAAGACACUGCUCCAUGAAGUGCAACAGUCAUAAUUUUAAAUUGCAUAUUAUAGUUAAAAUGUUAAAAGCUAUGCAAGUGAAAAUUAUUUGCAGAGUUUGGUAAGAAUUGAAUCCUUUGUUAUUGGAGUUGCCCCAGCAUUAAAAGUAAUAGGCAAAAGUUAUCUUGUUUUACUCUUUCCUUCAAACGUCUCCAAUGUAUUCGAUCACAUAUUAUUCUUCCUCUUUUAAAAAAAGUGCCAUAUCUACAUCAUAUUUAUGACUAUUCAAUGUAGGUUUUUUUUUUUUUUUUUUUUUUUUUUUUUUUUAAUUUUAUUUUAUUUGAAGCGCCCCAGUGUUAAUUUUGUUUUUUGACUAAGAUGCCCUUUCACGGUCCGGGGCCAUAAGUUAUCAUUUAAAUUAUCUUGUGGUAUGAGUCUAUCGAAAUCCUUUCUAUAAAUGUUAAAUGUUUGAAAUCUGAUUAUUUUUUUUUAACAGUGCAUGUGAGUGUUGAGCUCGAAAGGCGCCAUUUCAUGUUUUACUCUAUCAAAAUCCCUUAUUCAUGCGAGACAUAACAGUUUUGUAAAUCAGAGGCUUGGUCCGGAUCGGUUCAUGUCCGGAAAAAGAAAUCCAUUUCACGUGAAUGUUAUUCAUGUCCCGUUCUAUAAUAAUUAACAUUGAAGGCAAUCUUUGCUAGCCUCAAAUCGCUCUAUAUGCUUUUAAAGUUAUGACUUACAAACAAAAAGAGGCGGCUUUAUUAAACGUCAUCGAAUAUAUAUAUAUAUUGCAAGGUAACUUUAAAAAAUCAGUAAGUAAUGUGUCAAAGUUAUCCCUGACAAGGGUUCUUUCUUAAUCCUUUAUAUGCAUAUCCUAGGUAACACUUAUAGUUGUAAAUUGUUCUAAUGGACACAGCAUUCAAUUUUAUUAUAAUAAAUUGAGGCCCUUGUGGAUGAACACGAGUUUGAAGAGAAGAAAAAAUUAAUUCUAUGUUACUUCUAAAAUAAUAUUAGAACAACUGUAGAAAGUUUCGGCUCACUCAGUCUAAUAGUUUGUUUAGUCCAUAACUAAGAACAAAAAUAAAGGCAAAAUCUCAUAAUUCAACUUUAUGUGUACAAAAUAUAUGUAUAUAAUUAAAAGUGAUGUAUGAAAGCUAUAAACCCUCUGAGGGACCCAGCUGGGGUUCCAUGAGACAACCAUAUCAUGUAUCACUUAAGAGGUUGUCGUAUUCAAAUUUUUUCAAAGACGAGCGCUAUCAAAUCCAUAUAGAAAAAAAGGUAUUCUUUGAAAGUAGUAAAUUGAUUGAGGGUCCCAGUGUCAAAUAUUGUAAAUUUCAUUUUUCAAAAAAAAAAUAAUGACAUAAUUAUUACUGAAAACGAAAGGGGUUAUAUAACGUGUAAAAGUGUUCUCAUUAAAAUAGUUUCAAAUUCCAGAGAUUUCACGUUGGCCAUUUUUUUAAAAUCCCACCCUCACCCUUCCCUUUAAAAAGAAUGGGCAUAACUUUUGCCAAAGUUAUCUUUGAAAGGGAGGCCCCAUCUAAAUACUUGGAAUGGAUGAACUGUGCCUUAUGAGUAAAGAGUAGAUAAAUGGAACCAAAAGUUUUUGCAGCUUGUUGAGUAAAAGAAAUCUCAAAUUUCACAUUUAAUUUUAGUUAACAUAUGAUUACAACGCUUAUUUCUUCGUUCAAUUUUAUUUAAUAUAAAGUGUUUUCAUGAUUUAAAUGUAGUGUGGCGAAUUUUACUUUUCCUUCCCCACACUUGUAGCUUUAUGAGAUAAAGAUUGCCCACCCCGGUCUGUGGGUGAUUAUUUAAUAAUUUUGGCGUAAACAAUCAGGUUAUAAACUAUGUGUACAGUGCAAACAAUUGUAGCCUACUAAACUACAGUAUGACAUGCUGGUGGGCGAGUUUUUUCGUCUGACCUCAAGCGCUGAUUAAAUAAAACUGAUCAAUAAAGCUAGUAACAUCAGAGAUACUAAACAUGUUUGACUUCAAGAAAAAUGCUGUUGUAAAACUAAAAAAAAAUUUCUGGGAUGAUACAUCCUCAACCCCACUUCAUCACGUCCUACAUAAAAUCAGUUCGAUCAGAGGAGGAAUUCUCUCUCUUUAAGUUAGAACAGCAAGAUUUUUAAAAAAAUCAUUCUUCCUCCUUGUAGGUAAGAAUUUACCAGUGUGCCCCCCCUACACCAGAGGUUAACAAAUCUAAAUGAUAACUAAUUAAGUUACUAUUUUCACUAGAGGAGUUGAUUUUUGGAUCACAGAAAACAAGUUCAUUUGUGUGCAUUAAUUAAACAAAAAAAACUUAAUCGAACGUUCACACUCGACCUAGCCGUAGCCCAAAAAAAGAAAUAAAAUGGCACUUUUUCAUUGGUAAGUUUUGCCAAUCUUAUUCUUGAAAUAAGUAUUCAAUGAUACGUUUACCAGCGUUUGGACGUAAAUUAACUCUCAACCCAACGUUAUCAUUUAAGGAGGAAAGAUAUCUUACGCUCUGCGCAAAGAAAAGACGUUCAUUUUGUGCAUACAAAUAAAAACGUAAGUUAAAUUUUCCUGGCCGAUAUUACCCGCAACCCAAAAUUGAGAUCUUUUAAAAAAUGUGUAUUGCUCAUAAGCGUAAAGAAACGAACUUGAAUCUCCGGAUCCAGUUUGUUCCCCAUAACUUGAAAAUUUCUUCUUCCACCCUUCACAAUGUCAAGAACAGAUCCAUCAAAAACAUUUUCCAAAUCCUUCAUGAUUACGAACACCUCAUCACUUAUGACAAAGUACAUCCAAUCACGACACGAAUAUGUUAGAAAGUGGUUCUUUAGAGAUUAUUAUGUAAAUACUAUAUUGUAUAAAAACCCGAUCGGAUUAUGGCGCGGUUGAAAAUGAAUUCAUCUAAGGCAAAUUUGAGUUUGCCAUUAACAUCGUAUCAUUAAAAGAAAAUAAUAUUAAGUAGCUAAAUUUAAGUCUGUCUUAUAUAUAUAUAUAUAUAUAUAUAUAUAUAUAUAUAUGUAUUAUAAGCGAACUACAACGGAGUCCCGUUGAUGUGUGACAACAUGACAGUUCUGAGAACUGCUGCGACGUUGGACGCAUAAUGAACACAGUGGUAACACGUACGAUUCACCGCUGGUCAUCCACUGCGGCCAGGUCUACCUCCAGUCGUCUUGACUAAGUCUUGCCAUUGGAACACGUAGGCAAGGACGAGAGAAGUGAGACUGACAGAUUCAAGGUCAAGGCUACUACUUAAGGUUGAAACCCUUGUCACCUUCAGAUGCGAUGAACACAUAAACAGAUACACGAUUCACCCCGGAAGUGUCACACAACAAAAUUGAAACUAAAUGCAAUGUUUGACGCUUCGAAAUAACAAAAAAAAAAAAAACAACUAUAAUAUAGUGUAUCGAAUUAUAAUAAGAAAAUAAUAAUAUAAAAUGAUUUGGCAUAACUGGGGACAGCUGGAGAGAAUGGCCCAAGACUGGGAUGUCUGGAGAGCCUUUGUUGCCUAAAUCCCAGACGGGACGACAGGCGAUGAUGAUGAUGAUGAUAAGAAUUAUUAUUAUUAUUAUUUUAAAAUAAGCCUAGCUACCAGCAAGAAUAAUUUAAUAGAAUUAUACACACACACAAGAAAAAAAAACAAGUUUGGAUUCGAUCUAGCCUUUCAUGUGUUUGUCAUCCUCAGAGGCGACGAUGGUCCAACUAAAUUUUUGUCUGGGCUUGUGCUUUGGCCUGAGCAUGACGAUGAUAAUCCAGGUUUUCAACGUCACCAGCACGUUCAAAGACUUCUACUUACGGAACAUUAAACCCGAGGACUGGAACAACACGGAUAAUGUAAGUUUAAUGUUAUCAGAAUGGUCAGAAAUUGUCAGUUGUUGCUUUCGGAGCAAUUUUUGUUGUAUUUGAGGUACAUUGUGCAUAUAUAUACGUACGUUUAAAUAUAUAUAUAUAUUGCAUUUAUUCAAAUUUCAUUGAUUUGAAGAUAAAUAUUUGUGGCAUUGAAUCAAGUUUUUGUAAUAUGCUGCAUUGAGUCAGCUUUCGUUGUUUUCAGUCAAAUAGUGUAUCCUCUGAACCGUUUAAGAACAGAUAAAAGACGAGGUAACUUACCUCAAAUGUUUGUUUAUGUUCGUUUUUUUAAAUCUGAAUCCGACCAUUAAAAGGACAUUAUAUUUAUAUUGAACUUAUAAUAAUUAUUUGAAAAUCUUUGAUGCAUGCAUUGUAAAAAAACAAAAAAAAAAAGAUCAUUCAUUGUUAAACAACAUUUUUUUAAACACCUAAAAACAAUUUUUGUUGUCUGGAUAUUGGUGGUUGACAUUUAGGAUUAUCUCCAACUAAACAUUUACAAAUUAAACCCAUCAUCCGUCAAUGAAGUUUUGUUUUUGCAAAAAAAAGUAAUAACUUUUUAAUACAGAAUUUUACUGAAGUGGCUAAAAAUCAAUACAUUUUAAAAGUGAAUAUAUGCAUUUAAAUGUCUGAAAAUUUCUGAGCUUUUUAAAAAAAAUCUUUUCUGCUUUAACAGCGUUAUUUACUCUCGAAUUCAAGAUUGUUUUUAGGUGCUUUGCAUAAUUUUCUCAUUUAUUGAAUUAGUGCAUUAAACACUUAUGCUUUUGAAUGAAUUAGAUUUAAUAAAUCCUUUUUUAAAAUCAUCUUUUCAAAAAAAAAUUUAAAAGUAUUAUAUCAGAACUAUGCCCUAAUCGUCUUCUUGUCCUUUUUUUUCUUUAAGACAGCCUGCAAACCAAACACACAGAGCGAUGAUAGGUUAAGAAAGAUGGAAAAAGAACUUAUUCACAUGCGGCUGCAGAGCGCCAACGACAGCCAGUUUCAUCAAGGUAUGUGUUGGUGCCCACCGCGUAUGAGAAAAAAAAAAGUAUAGACUAUGUGUACGUCAUUUUACGCACAAAUUUUGUAAGGUUCACCAUUGUCGUGUGUUAAGUGUCAUGACUCAUUUUAUCAACGUGGAACAUCUGCUCGUGGUUCAUAUUGGUCAAGUUGGACAGCCGCUGAUUUCUAUCAUCGGGAAUUUAAUAUGAUCAAGCGCGUUGUCUUUUCGUCAGAUAACGAUGCCAUCGCCAAACAGCUUUUCAAAACUGUUCGAAUUGCAUGCUGGAUCUUGACGUCUCCCCAGAACUUAGACAAGUAAGCCAAUACUUACUAACCUAUACACCAUUAUUUAUAUAUAAAUAUGUGUAUAUAUAUACAUGCAACCCCGCUUUUAGACAUCAUUUUUUUUUCUAGACAUUCCAAUUUCCUAAACCAAAGCCAAUUCAAAAGUUUGAGUUUGCAUGAUGAUUGAAACAGGAAACGAUAAUAAUUUUUUUAUUUUUUUUUGUAUACAGAAAAUAAAGAAAAGAUUUAAAAAAAAAACAAAUAAACAAACUGUACAGUUUUUUACGUAAUCAUCGUACAGAGAAACUGUAAAUGUUUUCAAGAUCAAGGAAUGCGAAAGUUUGGGGGGGAAAGUCGUGGGGGGGGGGGGAUGACAGACCAUUACACGUCUUCUCUCCCUUUCAAAAUUUUAAAAAACUGUACAGUUUUUUACGUAAUCAUCGUACAGAGAAACUGUAAAUGUUUUCAAGAUCAAGGAAUGCGAAAGUUUGGGGGGGAAAGUCGUGGGGGGGGGGGAUGACAGACCAUUACACGUCUUCUCUCCCUUUCAAAAUUUUAAAACACUCUUGAUUGAUAUCAUCAAAAAUAAUUAUAAUAAUAACGCAAUUUAAAGAAAGUCACACACAAAAAAAAAAAUAACCCACCAAAGAGCAAGCUUGUGUACACGUUAAGGGUAAAUCAAACGUUUAUACAUUUUUCUAUGUUAAAUUUAUUCAAACAUCGCCAUAAUUAGUAAAAAUGUAAAUAUCUGAGUCUUCUAAGUGUUCCUAUUGGUACCCAAAGCGGUGACCAUCUGCUUCCCGACACGUAUUGGUCUUGGGGCGACAUGCAGCACAGUGCCCGGUGGGAUGGCAGAACAUUCUUAUUAAAUAACGGUUUGCAUCUCUUCUAUAAGAUCCGCUAGUUUUUGUUUUCCUAAAAGUUAUACUAGACAAAAUAUACGUUCUACAUUAAAAAAAAAAAAAAAUGAUCCAAAGACGUCACCCACCCCAAAACUAAAGUUAAGCUGUUUAACACUCCAAGGAGAAGUUUAUUUAAACAUAGAUUGUGUGCGGUGGAUAAUAAAUACGUAUUGAUCAGGUUUAAGCCAAUCCAACAAUGCAAGUUCCUGGUGUCACGCAGUUCUCUGAAAGAAGAACGAGUCACCAGCCAUUACCGGGGUUUUCAUCAGAGGGCGAAGUUUCAAUUAGGAUUUGUUCCGGAAGUUAUUUGAAUGCGGACGACUCACUUUCGGAUUAACCUGAAGGCAAAUGGGGGCAUGUAACAUUUUAGGAUUCCCCUUGAGAAAGGAUACAAUUUAGGGAGGGGGGGGUAUAUUUAAGACUUAAAUCUAUAACAUUCUUGUAAUGAUGAAAAGUGUAGUACUGAUGGGGACAUGAUUUGAUCUUGAAAGUCUCUGUAAUGUAUAAUACGGCUUGAUUGGAUCUUAAACAUUAUUUUAAUGACGUAAAGGGUGGUAAUGAUGGGGACAUGAGUAGAUCUUAAACAUUCUUGUCAUGACGUAAAGUAUAGGACUGAUGGGGACAUGAUUUGAUCUCGAACUUGCUUGGCAUGACGUAAAGUAUAGUAAAGAGGAAAUUUAUUGGAUGAAUGGUCAUAACAAGUUAUUUAAUUAGAUGGAAAGAUUCCUCCCCCCCCCCCCCCCUCCAAAAUUUUUUUUUUUUUUUUUUUUUUGGCAUUUGAGAAAUAUUCAUGUCUAAGGAUUGUGUUGUUGUUUUUUAAAAUUUCUUUUCAUUAUAAUUUUUUUUUUCUUAACAAAUUGUUAUUCUUUUUAAAAUGUGCUUUCUUUAUCAGAAUGGUUAUCAAAAUGCUGAAGAUGAAUGUUAUAAUCAAAACACAUUUCCACUCAUUUGGAGCGGUGAAAGAAUCCUAUCUUAUCUUAUCUCUUCUGAUCCUAUUAUUUUCAUUUGUAGGAAGACGAUUCAUGUGAAGAACACUUGGACCAAGAGAUGUAAUGUGGUCGUGUUCAUCAGCUCGCAGACGAACGACAGCUUUCCCACCGUGGGAGUGAACGCCAAAGAAGGGAGGCAACACCUGACUACUAAAACAAUGAAGGUGAACGGAAUAAUACUAGUAGCCUCCCCUAAAAAAAGUUGAUAUUUAAAAUAAACAUUUUUUACCGUGAUAAAAGAUAAGGUGUAUUUUGGUUCAGUGGCGAUUUAAAAUUGUUCGUGUACUCUCGUAAUUUAUAUGUGCGUAAAAUCCAACAUUUGACAAGCUUAAUUAUGUGGCGAAUAAGUAUUUGAAAUUUAGUUUAAAAUGAAAUGUAGAGAACUUUAAACUAUUAAAAUAAAUUUAUAUUAAGAAAAGCACAAAAAACAAAUUUAACUUAAAAAUUAUUUUUUUAAAAUUAUAUAUAUAAAUAUAUAUUGCAGUGGUAUAUACAUUUGUGCUAGAUUAAAUAAAGUUACUGAUUUCAGUUUCCAUGCCCCUUAUAAAUAUUAUUUCAUUUUAAGAUGUCCAGAAAUCUAUUCACAUCAAUUUCUUUUCCAAUAAGCAAUAUACUUUUGAACAGGGUUUUAUUUCUUAAAUGAAUCUAAAUGCCCUUAAUUACAAGCGUAUAACGCAAUCAGCGUAUAUAAUAAAACCAUAAAUUUUUAAUUUGAAAAAAAACCCCCUAAACAUUCAAGUAAUCGUAUAGAUCUGUUAGUCGUAUAAAUUUUAUUGCACUAUGAAUUAAGUAAAUAUAUAUUUAUUUUCAUUUAAAAUGUCAAAGUUCUUUUAAUUAUUACAUAUUAAAACUGAACACUAUACAUAUAUAUAAUUAAAUGUAUAUAUGUUAUAUAUAUAUAUAUAUAUAUAUAUAUAUAAUAAUAAUAAUAAAGUGUAUUUCAAAAACACGCUUCAUCCCCAAAGGCUCUAAGUGCGGUACAAGAUGAAAAAAAAAAAGGAAAAAACAAAAACAAAAAAAACCCUAUAAUUUACCACAAUUAGAACAAACGCAACACUACAAAAACUAAUUACAAGCAUUCAAUGUCAAAGUCUUUCUAGCCAUUUCAACCCUGAGCAACACAGCUAAUGUGCAUUAAAUGGAAAAUAUGGUAGACAAUCAUCUCAGAAGGUGUUUGCGAAAUAAAUGUGUCUUCAAAUCGGUUUUAAAGGACUCCAGUGUCUGAUUGUUUCUGAGAUCGACUGGAAGGGCGUUCCAAAUUGUUGGACCAAUAAAUGCGAAAGUGUGCUUUCCGCAAGUCUCAACGCGAACAUGUGGUGUCAAGAGUUUGCCACUGUCGGAAGAGCGGAGUUGUCUAGUGGGUACAUAAGGCAUCAGCAACUCUUUUAGAUAGGACGGCGCCAGGCCAUGUAAGCAGCGGUAGCACAAAGUUGCGAUUUUGUACUCUAUGCGAGAACGGACCGUCAGCCAGUGCAGCUCUCUGAUAUAUAUAUAUAUAUACUUAUUUAUCAAUAUCUUAAUAAUUUUUUUAAAACAUGUUUCCUAUUACCCUUUCCUUCCCUCCCCGAACAGGCCUUCAAAUAUCUUUACGACCACCAUCUCGGUGACGCCGACUGGUUCCUGAAAGCAGACGACGACACCUACGUCAUCAUGGAGAACCUCCGCUACUUCCUAUCCGGCGAGGACCCAAAUAAACCGUUGUACUUUGGACAGCGCUUCAAGCCUUAUCUGAAACAGGGCUACGCCAGCGGUGGGGCGGGCUACGUCAUCAGCAAAGAGGCCCUAACCCGGUACGGGCAGAGAGGAUUUGAAAAUCCUUCAAUGUGUAGAAAUAACACCGGCCACGAAGACGUGGAGAUGGGCAGGUGCCUUCAGAAUCUCGGGGUCGUCCUAAAGCCAAGUUUAGACGCACUGAACCGGACGAGGUUUCACUGUCUGACGCCGGAGACCUACAUCGGAAACAAAUUACCGGGCUCAAUGAAAGACUUUGAUGUUGAAAACGGACGAGCGGUAAGCAUAUCAAUACAUUUCUUUGGGAGGCAGGGUUUCCUGAUGAUGUUAGUUUUGGGCUUGCGGCUUCGACUGCGAGCAAGUCAUUUGAUUAAACUGUUGUCUAAAAGAUUAGGUUUAUAUUUUUUUUAAAUAUAAUUUUUAUUUUCUGUCAUCUUUCCGUCACAAUGUGACGAUGGUGUAGACUUCGCAGGACGAAAACACAAGUCUAUAUAUUCUAGAGUUGUAUUAAGCGUAGGAUCCAGAAUGAUCAAUACAUUGAUGGUGAGACCUUAAUAUAUAGAAGAAGAAGAAAUUGAUCGGACAGGGUACUGUUAUUACAAUUUAAUUAUUUUUUUUAAAGACAUUGUGUCGAUGAAAAAUAAUAUUCAUUUUGAGAAGAUGUACUCCUGUUUCAUGUUCUCGGUGAACUGAAGUAGGCAUCAAUUUAGAAUAAAUAUCAUGUUUGACUUAUGUAUAAGGUAAAGUUUCCAUUUGACCUGCGGCAAAUUGAAAGAUGAAUUUGCAAAAUAUGUUUUAUUUGUACAAAUUUUAUGAACAUUUAAAAAAAAAUAUUUUAAUAGAAUAUAUUAUGAAUAAUCAAGGUGAUGGUUUUUAAAAUAACCAACUUUAUUCUCCAACCUAAAUUCUUUUUAUACACCACAUAACAUGACCACUCACUGCAGCUAUCCAACCAAUUUAUACAAAUUUAAGCUUAGGCAUUUCGUGAACAAACUCACCAUAUCCAGCCGAUCAACAUGAGAACACAGGGCAAUCAGGUCACUGUGGGUCACCAAGUCCCGUCGGUCAACAUGACAACUCAGGACAACCAGGUCCCUGUGGGUUACCAAAUCUAGUCGGUCAACAAGAAAACACAGGACAACCAGGUCACUGUGGGUCACCAAGUCCAGUCGGACAACAUGACAAUACAGGAUAACCAUGUCACUGUGGGUCAUCAAGUCUAGUCAGUCAACAUGACAACACAGGACAACCAUGUCACUGUGGACUACCAAGUCUAGUCGGUCAACAUGACAACACAUGACAACCAUGUCACUGUGGGUCACCAAGUCUAAAUGGUAAAGAUGAAAACAACCCAGGACAAUCAGGUCAAUGUCGGGCACAAAGUUCAGUCAGUACACGUGAUUGCAAAAGUGGUCACGCAAAUAGUCCCCCUUAAUGUCAAAGUCUUUCCCCCCCUCUCCCCACUACCUCCAGCACACUGUUUGGUCCAUUUUCUUCUCAAAUUUUAUUUAUUUUAUUUUCCUACAAAGAUUUCAUAAUUCGUAUGCUGUGUUGAAGUUGGUUUAAUUAAGAAUGAUUUUAUUUUCCAAUUUCUUUAAGAAUGUAUUCAAGUCUUUGGAGUUUUAUAAUUUUUUUUUUUGACUUUUCCUUUAUUUUCCGCUCACGCCAGGGUGCUGAAAAUAUGAGCGACUACACCAUCAGCUUCCACUACGUUACCCCGAGUAAAAUGUACGACCUGGAGUUUUUCAUCUACCAUCUACGUCCAUAUGGUAUACUCAACAUGCCACAGAAGCUCAACUUAGCUGCGUAACCCCACAACUGCGUUGUCAUCGCUAGGUUUAACUAGUGAAUGCAAAUUAUUUCUAAACAUUUAAAUUUUAUAAAGACUUAUCCCAGUGGUUCUCAACCUUCCUAAUGCCGCGACCCUCUAAUACACUUUCUUUUGUUGUGGUGACCCAACCAAACAAUUUUUUUUUUAUACUUCAUACCUGUAGCGUAUAUGUGGUUUUCAAAGGUCUUAGGCAACCCCUGUGACCUGGUAAUUCGACCCCCCCCCCCAAACAAAGAGUCGCGACCCACAUAUUGAGAACCGCUGACUUAUCCCUACCUGUAUUUACGCACUAAGUUUGGGAGAAGGGAGAGUUAGGUUUGAAUCUGAUGGUUUAACUUAAGGAUUCAUGCCCUGAGGGAUCUCAACAAAGAAUAUCAGCUGUAUAUAACACGUUUCUACCUGAUUGUGGAUCAAUUUUUACGAUUAUGUUAUCGGUUCUGUCAGACAUUUUGUUUGGUUAAUAAGCCAUAUUGGAACUCACAGCGAAUUCAACAUGUGCAUUCAUUCGACUAAUAAUCGAUAUUAUGUUUUGUUAUUAAAACAAAGAAGCUGUGUAGCAUAUGUAUUAUUUUGAAUACAGCAAUUGUUUGGUAACAUUAUUUGUUCAGGAGCCUGGGUCUUAUUUCAAGG